AACUGUGCAUAGAAUUGGCGGCAUCGACUACGAUAAAGAAUAAUAGUAUUUUCGAAAUGGUAAAAAUAUCGCUCAAGUCAAAAAGCGCGUCGCGGCGGCGACUACGAUAAAGCGGGCUCGGUGCGUUUCAGGAUUCGCGGCAUCUGGCAGCCUGCGUUGUUUUUCUCUUUCCGGCAAAACUAUUGUAUUGAUUCUAACCUGUAUUCUUUUGUCCGGACCAAAUAACUGGAAUUAUUUUUUUCCCGGGAGCUCAGAAUUUUAUAAACAUAACGUUUUUGCGUCGAACCUGUAAUUCUGUCAAGAUCUGUUCGGCUCGUACAUCGCCGGUAAGCUUGUAGCUCAGCCCCAAGUUCCAUCGCCUCCGGGGGCGGUUCCGCCAAUAAGCUUGCAGUCGGAUUUUUUUAUUAUGAUCCACCGCGAUUAAUCAAUACCGCAGUCGCCGACUCGCGAAAUUUCGUGUUCUGGGCACCUUUGGACGCCAGUAACGUUUGGACUGGACUCUCUUUCCUACACCUGUCUCGAGAAAUGGCCUCCAAUGAUGCUAACGUCAAGAUGGAAAAAAAUCCCGAUUCCGGCAGUGAUUUUGAUGAUGACGACGACCCGGACAAAACUGAAGUUCCGGGUGGUGGAAAAGAUUUGGCAACAGCAGCAAAUAUUAAAACAACGUUUAAGGAUGAAAAAGUACCCAGCACUAGUAUUAAUGCAAAUAAUUUAAACAAACCAAUAGACCCAGCUUACAAAGCUAAUAAUUCUAAUAACCUAGGUUAUGCUAAAGGAAUGGGUGGCAUGUCUAAUUGGAUGGGUUCGAUGGUAAAUAACCCUUUUAUGAAUAUGGCUCAAGGAUCUUCAAAUAUGAUGUUUCCACAAAAUAUGCCUUAUCCAGGAAUGAUGCCUCCGGCAAUAAGCCAAAAUCAGUUUUUACAAGGUAUGGCUGGUGGCUCACCUGGAAUGAUGGACAGUAAUGCUGCUACAAAUUUUUUACUGCAACUGAUGAGUAGUGGAGGCAGCAAUGCUGCUAUGGUAUCACAGUUGCUUAAUGCAGGAGGUCCAGCGGCUACAACAUUAUUUUUGCAAAACCUGAUGCAACAACCAUUUACUCAACAAGGAUUUCCGAUGAGCCAAAAAAAUGUACCUCCGUAUUGGUUAAAUCAGUCGAUGAAUAAUAAAAUGUCAAGUAAUAAUCGUACCGGAGAAGAAGAAGAAGACAAUGAUGAUGAAGAUAUGGGAGUUGCCGAGACUUACGCUGAUUACUGGCCAGCCAAACUUAAACUUGGUAAGAAGCAUCCAGAUCCUGUAGUAGAAACUGCUUCGUUGUCAAGUGUUGAACCAGCUGAUGUGAAGUAUGAAUUGUCAAUACCUUUGGAAACGAUAAAUUCAGGAUCUCUUUCUGCACUUCAAUUGGAAGCCAUCACUUACACGUGUCAACAACAUGAGCAUAUUUUACCAGAUGGUUCAAGAGCAGGAUUUCUUAUUGGAGAUGGUGCCGGAGUUGGUAAAGGUCGAACAAUUGCUGGCUUAAUAUACGAGAACUUUUUAAAAGGGCGUAAAAAGGCUAUUUGGGUGUCUGUAUCAAAUGAUUUGAAAUUUGAUGCUGAACGUGAUUUGGAAGAUAUUGGAACAAAAAAUAUUAAAGUUUACUCACUAAACAAGUUUAAGUACGCCAAAAUUAAUAGCCCAACAAAUGGAAAUGUAUCCAAAGGAGUUAUAUUCUCGACUUAUUCAGCACUCAUAGGUGAAUCGAGUGGUGGAGGAAAGUACAAAAGUAGAUUAAAACAACUGUUGAAUUGGUGUGGUGAUAAUUAUGAUGGAGUUAUUGUGUUUGACGAGUGUCAUCGAGCUAAGAAUUUAUGUCCUGUUGGUUCUACCAAACCAACAAAAACAGGUUUAACUGUUCUAGAACUUCAAAAUAAGUUGCCAAAUGCUAGAGUUGUUUAUGCAUCAGCUACUGGUGCUUCAGAACCUAGAAACAUGGCAUAUAUGGUGCGUUUAGGUAUGUGGGGACAAGGAACAACUUUCCCGGAAUUCCUUGAUUUUAUAAAUGCAGUUGAAAAACGUGGUGUUGGUGCAAUGGAAAUAGUAGCUAUGGAUAUGAAACUCCGAGGAAUGUAUAUUGCCAGACAGUUAAGCUUCCACGGUGUUUCAUUUAAAGUUGAAGAAGUACCUUUAUCAAAAGAAUUUACUCAUGUCUAUGAUAGUGCUGUAAAAUUGUGGGUCGACGCUAUGCAUAUGUUUCAAGAAGCUGCUGAACUGAUAGAUGCAGAAAACCGCAUGCGAAAAACUAUGUGGGGUCAGUUUUGGUCCUCCCAUCAAAGAUUUUUCAAGUAUUUAUGCAUUGCUGCUAAGGUGAAACACGCUGUUGAUGUAGCUAGGGAAGCGAUAAAACAUGGAAAAUGUGUUAUAAUUGGGUUACAAUCUACCGGAGAAGCUCGCACACUUGAGCAACUUGAAAAAGAUGAUGGAGAGUUAACUGAUUUUGUAUCUACUGCUAAAGGGGUGCUACAAUCAUUAGUCGAGAAACAUUUUCCUGCACCUGAUCGCAACCGCAUUAAGAAGUUACUGGGAAAUGUAGGUAUUGAAUUGAAGCACUCAAAAACUCAAAAUGGUGAUUCUCAAGGCCCAAGCAGUUCUAAAGGAGGAUGUGGUAGUGAAAAAAGAAAAUCUGGACGACAAGCAGCUUCCAGACACAUCAAACGGAUGAAAGAUUCUAGUGAAUCUGAAUCUAAAUCUGAUAACGAUUCAGAUUUUAAAAUGUCUGAAUCUGAAUCAGAAAUUAGCGAAGAACAUAGUGACGACUCUGAAGCGAGUAGCGACUUCAAUCCAUUUAUUGAAGAUGAUUCAGAUAGUGACGGACCCUGGAUUGGUGGUGGCAGAGUGAAAAAACGAAAAGUCAAAGUUCCUGCUAAGAAAAAAAUAACCACAAAAGAUAAAAUCCAUCAAAUAGUACUAAAGUCAAGUAUGUCUAACAAUAGUCAUCACAAAGAUGCGAUUGAUCGCGCCUGCAGCAUGAAAGAAGAGUUAAUGGAAAGAAUUGAGAGACUUGGUGAUAAAUUACCUCCCAAUACUCUUGAUCAACUAAUUGAUGAACUCGGUGGCCCAGAAAAUGUCGCAGAAAUGACUGGAAGAAAAGGAAGAGUAGUUCAAACUGAUGGAGGUAUACAGUAUGAGUCUCGAUCCGAACAAGAUGCACCUUUAGAAACAUUAAAUGUUAUUGAAAAACAAAGGUUUAUGGAUGGAGAAAAGGAUGUAGCUAUCAUAUCUGAAGCAGCCAGUUCUGGUAUUUCGUUACAAAGCGAUCGAAGAGCUCGCAAUCAGCGCCGGCGAGUACACAUUACACUAGAACUUCCUUGGAGUGCAGAUAGGGCCAUUCAACAGUUUGGUCGUUCUCAUCGUUCUAAUCAAGUGAACGCACCAGAGUAUAUAUUUCUUAUAUCAGAUUUAGCAGGUGAAAGACGAUUUGCUUCUAUAGUUGCAAAGAGAUUAGAGAGUCUAGGUGCACUUACUCAUGGUGACAGAAGAGCUACAGAAACUCGUGAUUUAUCAAAAUUUAAUAUUGAUAAUAAGUACGGUCGCAGCGCUUUAGAAGCCACAAUGAAAACUAUUAUUGGUUAUGAACACCCUAUUGUACCUCCACCUGAAGAUUAUAGUGGCAACUUCUUUGAAGAUGUCGGUGGUGCCCUUGUAGGGGUUGGCAUGAUAAUAAACAAUGAAGCUAGUCCUGGUAACUUAACUCUGGAUAAAGAUUACAAUAAUAUAAGCAAGUUCCUAAAUCGUAUCCUCGGUAUGCCUGUUGAACUCCAAAAUAGACUAUUUCAAUAUUUCACUGAUGUUUUGCAUCAUAUCAUCAUACAAGCAAAAAAGGCUGGUCGUUUCGACCUUGGAAUUAUGGAUCUGGGUACUGCUGGUGAGAAUGUGAAGCGAGUAAAACUGUAUAGGUUCCUUCGUAAACACGCCACUGGUCAAGCUACAACUGAACUUCAUAUUGUGCAUGUUGAAAGAGGUAUGAGUUGGGAUGAAGCUGUGGAAAGAUCAGGAGAGGCUAAAGCAACUAAUGAAGGAUUUUAUCUUUCCCAUCAGAUUAGAAACAACAAAAGUACUGCUGUACUUGCAUUAAUGGCUGACACUAGUGCCAAUAAGAAAGGCGAAAGCACAAAAUCACCAUCUAAGAAAGACAUUAUGUUUACGAUAUCCCGUCCAAAUACUGGAUUACAGCUGAAACAAGAAUCAUUAAGUGAACUUGAAAAAAAAUACUAUAAAGUGGAAACGGAUAAAGCGGAAAAACACUGGAAGGAGCAAUAUAUAUCAUCUGAAAAUACUUGCUCACAUGCUUACUGGCGUGGUAACUGCAAACUUGUAACAGUCGGUCAAGACUGUGAAGUAGGUUUGAGACGCAGAACAUAUAAUGUAUUAUCAGGUUCUGUUUUAAGUGUGUGGAGUAGGAUAGAAAACGUCUUAUUAUCUCGCACAGGCUCUCAUCAUAAAAUGCAAGUUGUGAGGUUAAAAACUGGUGAAGGCGUAAAAAUAGUCGGUACAUUAAUACCGAAAUCAUGUGUUGAAGCACUGAAACAAGACCUGGGUUCAGAUGCUGAAAAAACAGAAGAAAUCAGCCCAUCGGUUUAAGGAAUAAGAAUAGUGUUUUUUUAAUUAGAUAACUAAAGCGUCUCUAAGAGUACUGCAAUAAGUUAGAAGGUGAAAAACAUUCCUUUACCAAACUAAUUUCUUUUUAUAUUGAAAUUAAAUUUGUAAUUUUUAAACUUAUUUUCUUAUAAUUAACUGUAUUUAAAAAAAAAAUUGACUAUGAAUGUUUUAUUUAUUGAAUAUUUCUGUAUAAUAAUAAGUUUUAUAAAAGGGGGGAAACAAAAUUAGUCAUCCUUACUGGAAUUAUACUUCCGCUGUUUUUUUUUAAAUGAUUUUACAUAUAAAUAUAUGUAUAUAUAUAUAUAUAUAUUUAUAUUUUUUUCCUUGUAAAUGUGAAUAUUUUUGUUUUAAUUCUAUGAUGUAUUUUCUUUUGUUGUCUAUUUUCACUACCCUAGUCCCUUUUUGUAUCUUUAUCUCCUAGCCAUUAAAUGUUCUACUUAAUAAGUAAUGACUAAGCACUUCAAUUUUUCUGUUGAAAUAAUCUAGCUGGUUUUUAUUUCCAAUCAUUUGAACAAAUUUAUACUUUUGAGUGUUAUUUCCAAUUCAAUUAGUAUACAGUAAGACUUUUCAUUUUUAUGGUAGAAUGGUGUCUUAUUGAU